GCGAUUUUGCCGGAUAAUUAGGAUGAUAAAAUGCCUGUUUGUUGGCUUAUCAGCAAGGACGGGACUCAUAAACCCAUCCGGCUCCCACACCUCCAAAGCGUGGUCUUGGGUCGAGGUCCGGAAACGACUAUUAAAGACAAAAAAUGCUCGCGCCAGCAAGUUGAGUUGAAAGCAGAAUGCAACAAAGGCUAUGUCAAAGUUAAACAGCUGGGUUUGAACCCCAGCUGUGUAGACUUUGUGGUGGUGGGCAAAGGCAACGAGGUGAAAAUGAAGCCUGGACAGCAGCUCCACAUUGUCAAUCAGCUCUACCCAUACACUGUAGAGUUUAAAGAGGACCUAACUGGGGACCAUGUGGGCACCAAGAGGCCACGUGAGUCUGUUCCAGGGGACAGACGGGUCCAUAGAGAUGCUCCAAGUGUGAAAGUAGCCAGACAGGAGGAAAAGGUCUCCUCUUCAGUCAGCCAUGAAGACUCCAUGUCAACGAAAGAAACAGUUGGACAUUGGAGUCAAGGCCUGAAGACUUCAAUGCAAGACCCCAAGAUGCAGGUCUACAAGGAUGAAAGAGUAGUCGUAAUCAAAGAUAAAUACCCAAAGGCUCGCUACCACUGGCUGGUCCUCCCUUGGGAAUCCAUUCCCAGUCUCAAGGCGCUGCGUGGGGAUCACUGCGACCUGUUGAGGCACAUGCAGCAGGUUGCUGAGCAAAUGAUUCAGCAGUGCCCAGAUGCUAGCACGCUGCAGUUUCGCACAGGCUACCAUGCCAUCCCCAGUAUGAGCCACGUGCACCUCCAUGUGAUCAGCCAAGACUUUGACUCCGUUUGUUUAAAGAACAAGAAGCACUGGAAUUCAUUCACAACUGACUAUUUCAUAGAGUCUCAUGAUGUCAUUCAGAUGCUUGAAAAAAGUGGAAAGGUCGCAGUCAAAGAAGGGACCAAUGAGCUGUUGAAACUGCCUCUCCGCUGCCAUGUGUGCCACAAAGAGCUCGCCACCAUCCCAAGUCUAAAGGAACACCUGAAAUCACACUUUCCCAGCUAAGAAUGUGACCACAAACGAAACGCAAUACCUCAAACGUUCACGUGUUCAGUAUAAAACAGUAGUGUGCUGGGCAGUGCUGUUGUCCAUUAAUAUCUGUUUUCUACUGUUGAACAUAAAGCAUUUGUUAUUGGACAUACUGCCAGUGAACGACAGCAAGUUUUAGCCCCAAAUUGACCUGAAAUCUCAAUGAUGUCUUUUGAGUCAGACAGUUUUAAAAGAGUUGAAUAAAAACUAUUGGGUUAUUCUAUUCACAAACUAAAAGUCUGGCCUGCUGAUGAAGCUAGAGGAAACGUCACAGGGUUGCCAAAAACAGUAGGGCUCUUCCUUUAGGGGUCAUGAAUGUGCGCAGCAGAUUUGAAAAUAAAAAAAAAAAUAAAUUCUAGCUAUAGUGUGUAUAGCCAGGAUUUGCAGUUUUACAGUGUUUCAGUAUUUUUUAUGUUAACACAAUGUCAAAGGUUUGAGCUAUCUUCAACAUCAGUUGCAUUUUGAACCAAUUAUUUGUCAGUAUAUUGGAGCGACAGAUCACCAUCAAUAUGUUGACUGCUGACUGUUUUAUGUCAUAUGUCACAACGAAGUAGAGCUGAGAGUACAUUCUUUCUUAUUUUGCAAACAUGUUUGAAUAGUUUGUGUUGAAUUGAGUAAAAAAGUUUUCAUUUAAAAUUACAGCAAAACA